ACGAGAACCCCUUUCGAUAUUGGAACUUCCAUUAGCGUCCCGCCAGCAUCGAAUUCGCACUAUCCCCAACCAAGAAUGACGACCACAACAACAACAAGGUUACGCCCAGACAAGCGCCAGUCCGCCCACGAGCUGCGGCCCUUCUACUGCAGCUCUGCGCUGCUGAGUCGCGCGGACGGGUCGGUGAGGUUCAAGUUCGGUGACACGGCGGUGCUGUGUUCGGUGUUUGGACCCAUGGAAGUGAAGAUCAGGGACGAGAAGCUGGACAAGGCGACGGUGGAGGUUAUUGUCAAAACCGCUUCGGGCCAGACCUCAACGACGGAAAUGUUAUACGGGGCCAUGAUCCGCCAGACAGUCGAAGCGUCGAUCCUCGCUGCAUUACACCCGCGGACGCUUAUUCGGAUCGUGUUGCAGGUCUUGACGGACGAUGGAGGGAUAAUCCCGUCGGCGGUAAACGCAGCGACGUUGGCGCUGAUCGAUGCAGGAAUCCCUUUACGUGCGGUUCCGGCGGGGGUAACGUGUAUGAUUGCGCAAGAUGGGGUGUUGUUGCUAGAUCCUAGUUUGGUGGAGCUUGAGUCCGCGAAAUCAAUACAUACCUUUGUCUUUGACAACGCCUCGGACGGCGCUAUGGCGACACUUUGCACAGGCAGUUUCACUGAAAACGAGUUCGAUAACGCAUACAACAUGGCUCUGUCGGCGGUCACAACCGUGCAUCAACUGAUGAGAUCAACUAUUGAGGGGAGGAUCGUGAGGGAGCAUGGCGCGAUUGCGGAUGGAGAUGAGGCAUGAGGGAUUAUGAUUUGGAGAUGGGGGGGGAGCACUGCAAGUACACAUGACUGCUGCAACGCGCAUUGCCGGUUGGGGAGGACACAGCAAGGCGGGAAUUGGGAGGCUGCGAUAUGCCAAUCGCGACGGACGGCCUCCAGUAGCCUGUGCUCUCGCUAUUCGCCGUCAUCUCUCGCAGUGAAGUGGGGCCGAACGUACGGUUGAACAUACUCACCCACAUGUGAGUUGUCUUGGCUGCUCUGCCUCGACGAGGUCGUUGGUCGUUUAGGAGGCGGAUAUGGACAGCAGGCCCCUCCUUUCAGCGAUAGAUAUCUUGUCAGAUAGCUAGCACUGCCUCUCAUGUACAGCACAUUGGAACGGAAGUAACUUAUAGUGGGUGACCUGCAUGUUCCUGGACUUUGCACGGAUGUGAGUGUGGGACGUGGAACUCGCGACGCCCACCAACCCUAACCCACAUUCGAACGCCCGAGGUUUGAGGCUUGUCAUUCUGGCGGUC